UAUUGGGUCAAAUCCGUGAGCGUAGUCACUGCUGUGUGGAUAUGCGAGGAAUGUUGACUCGCACUCAGUGAAGAUUACAACACACUUUAGAAACAAUCUGAAGAAACUCUACUUUGUGCUGGUGAUUGCUCAGGAGUGAAUGGGUGUUUAAGUAUGCACUAGAAAGCCAUGUUACUGUAGAGGCGCCCGGUGUGCAGAAGAUUCACAGCUCUUAAGAACAAGUAGCCAUUCGUUCAUUUCUCAAUGGCUGAAAACAACUUUCCUCCUAUGCCUGGCUUUAUUCCUCUGAGGCCGUGCUUCCACCAGGACUUUGAGGAGAUUCCUGACCAGCACCGCACCAUGUGCAAGAGACUCUACCAUCUGUGGAUCUUGUACGGCGUGACGCUGCUGGUGAAUUUCUUGGGCUGUAUGGCGUGGAUGUUUGGAGGAGGAGGAGUGACUAACUUCGGCAUGUCAGUCAUCUGGGUUAUUCUCUUCACCCCCUGCUCGUACGUGUGCUGGUUCAGACCCAUUUACAACGCCUUCAAGACCGACAGCUCAUUCUACUUCAUGGCGUUCUUCUUUGUGUUCAUGGCACAACUUUUUAUUGCUAUAAUUCAGGCCAUUGGUAUACCAGGAUGGGGUGUUUGCGGCUGGUUGGGCACCAUCUCCUUCUUUGGCACGAGUAUCUUUGCCUCCAUCAUCAUGUUAAUCCCCACCCUCAUGUUCACCGCAGUCGCUGCCAUCUCGUUUAUCGUGCUCACGAAGGUUCAUAACUUCUACCGUGGCAGUGGCGGCAGCAUGAGUAAAGCGCAGGAGGAGUGGGUGUCUGGCGCCUGGAAGAACCCUCAGGUCCAGCAGGCGGCUCUGGGUGCAGCGGCCGGAGCGGUGCAGGGCCCGCAGACGCCGCAGUACUCCACACAAAACUACGACAACACCAUGUGAAACACAGCCAGAGCAUCAGUCAUCAACACACACACACACACAGGCCGAGCCACACACCCGCUGAGCCUGAAGUGAGGUGGAACGAACCGACUGAUGCUUGGUUGCUCAGUUUUUAAUUUAAAUGUUUGUGUGUUUGUUCAUGUUUUUGUAUCUGUUUUAGCCUAUUUGCUCCCUGCUUUCUGCUAACGUUCCCAUUAAGUUAUGAAAACAUUAUUUCAGAAUAUAUUUCCUGAACAUUCAACACGACCAUU